AUGUUCGCUGCCCGCAUAACCGUCCCUUCUUCCUCCCGCCUCCCCCUCCGACACCUCUCUCGCGCCAUGUCUUCCGCCACCCGUCACGAGGCUGUCAUCGUCGCUGCGUCCCGUACGCCAGUGGGAUCGAUUAACGGCACGCUCAAGACCCUCACUGCGCCUCAGCUCGGCGUAGUUGCUCUCAAGCACGCAUUCGAGCAGUCAGGCGUCAGCCCUGACGAGGUCGAAGAGCUAUACUUCGGCAACGUCGUUCAGGCUGGUGUCGGUCAGUCCCCAGCGCGUCAAGUUGCACUCGGUGCGGGUAUGCCGACGCGUUCCGACGCGACGACGAUCAACAAGGUCUGCGCAAGCGGUCUGAAGUCCAUCAUGCUCGCUGCCCAGAGUAUCGAGUCCGGCUACAAGAAGGUUGUCGUCGCUGGUGGCAUGGAGAGCAUGAGCAACGCGCCGUUCCUCCUGCCUCGCCAGAACCCCGUGUUCGGCAAGUUCACCACGAAGGAUUCGCUCGAGACCGAUGGUCUUUGGGAUGUCUACAACCAGUUCGCGAUGGGUAACUGUGGUGAGCACUCCGCCGAGAAGUACAGCAUCUCCCGCGAGUCUCAGGACACGCAUGCAAUCGAGUCCUAUAAGCGUGCGGACCGGGCAUGGAAGGCUGGUGUGUUCCAGAACGAGAUCGCCCCCGUGACUAUCAAGGGCAAGAAGGGCGACACCAUCGUCAGCGAGGAUGAGGAGUACAAGCGCGUCAUCUACGAGAAGGUCCCCACCCUGAACCCCUCGUUCAAGAAGAACGGCGGUACCAUCACUCCUGCCAACUCGUCGAGUCUCAACGAUGGAGCGUCGGCUCUUAUUCUCAUGUCAGCAGAGAAGGCGAAAGAGCUCGGCGUCAAGCCUCUUGCCAAGGUCAUCUCCUACGCUGAUGCUGGUGUCGAGCCCAUCGACUUCCCUGAAGCGCCGACUUUCGCUCUUCCAUUGGCCAUCGAGAAGGCUGGCCUCAAAGUUGACGACAUCGCGCAGUUUGAGAUCAACGAAGCGUUCUCCGUCGUUGUCCGGGUCGCGGAGAAGAAGCUUGGCAUUGAUCCUGCAAAGAUUAACCCUCACGGUGGUGCUGUCGCCCUGGGCCAUGCUAUCGGCAACUCCGGUUCACGCAUUAUCGUUACUCUUGUGCACUCGCUGAAGUCCGGAGAGUACGGAGCGGCUGGUAUCUGCAACGGGGGUGGUGCCGCAUCUGCGUUGGUCAUCCAGAAGCUGUAG